GCCAUUUUUGAUGACGUACCACACAGCUUUUGUGGCAUGUGCUUGACCAGUGUUUAGUUUGAAGUGCACUGAGAGCGGUACAGAGCAGGAGAUUAACCUGGUGUGGGUCUUUUCGAAGGGUCUCGAGCACCUUCUGCGAUUCGCGCCGCACGUCUGUGACGGUGUCGAAACAGCGACGUUCGAGCUGAUCUUCAUCUUUGGGAAGAGGGAGAAAUCCUCAGGAGCCAAAUCUGACAUGGCGUCUAGUCGUCUGGGCCUCCUGCGCCCGUUGCUCCGCUCCGUCACAAGCCCAGUUGUGAGCAGCACACCAGUGCUUCCUUUCGCUCAUCAUCUCUGCCCCCAUGUUGUCGUCUCUCCGGCUCGUCACGCCCGCCAUUAUGCUACGAAGAAAAGUAAAGCAAAAGCAAAGAGUCAGAUGACUAAAGUGAGCAUCAACGCCGCCCUGGUGGAGGACAUCAUCAACCUGGACGAGGUGAAGGAAGACAUGGCUGCCGUUCUGACCACUCUGAGAGACGACUUCAGCCGCAACCUGGGAAUCAGAACCUCACCAGGUGCCCUGGACCACAUCACUGUGAGCACCAAGGAUGGGAAAUUCCCCCUGAACCAGCUCGGCCAGAUCUCCAUGAAAUCUCCACAGCUCCUCAUCAUCAACAUGGCCAGUUACCCAGAGGCCACAGCAGCCGCCACUCGCGCACUACAGGAGAGCAGCAUGAAGCUUAACCCAGAAGUUGAGGGCACCAUCAUCAGGGUCCCUAUUCCCAAGGUGACCCGGGAGCACAGGGAGAACCUGGCCAAGCUGGCAAAGCAGUUCAGUAACAAGGCGAAGGAGUCGGUGAGGAGGGUUCGCUCCAACACCCUGGCUCAAGUGAAGAGGAGUAAAGAGGGCGUGUCUGAGGACACCAUCCACCUGAUCGAAAAACAGGUUCAGCAGAUGGCAGACGGUUUCGCAGCAGACAUCGACAAACAGCUCGCCUCUAAAACCAAAGAGCUCCUGGGCUGAAACACACUGUUUUUUUUAUUGGAGGAAAGUUCUCAACAGUGUGAUUUAUUUCCUCAGAAGCUCUGAAACGUUUUGAAAAAACAAGCAGAUUUCGUUUUCCCUUCAAAUUAAAUAAAUAUCCCGUAACGCAGCAUGAUGAUGAUGAACCCACACUGUAUAAGGCGGCGCUCGUUUGUUUGUGUGUUUUUUUUAAUCACGCGUAAAUAAACGUUGCCAUGGCACGGCAGCAGGCGUCGUCCGGCCACGCCCAUCCUCACAUCCACACAUCCUCGGGAUAAACAGUCGGGGAGAGACAGAUGAAGUUUUAAUGUGAUUGGAGGUUUCCUCCCUGCUCAUCAGAGCCACACCACAUUUAUCCCACGUGCGUUUAUGGAAGAAAGUACAGAACCGAAUGUAAACUCGUCAGGCUCUCAACAAGACGCUUGUUUUCUUCUGCGUGUGGGAAUAAAACACAAAGCAUUGGAUCAUU